UGGGAGAGUUCCGCGGCCAGAAACUCCCCGAGGCGCCUCAGGUGCCGCCAGCCGUGAAAGGCGACGGGGCCCACGGCCGUCCCUGGCUCUCCGCCGCCGUCGGGGGCGGGGAGAGCGGCGGAGAACCGAAAGUGAAGGGAAGGCAGCAUUGCGGGGCAUCCCCGGGCCGAGCGCGGAUGCGCCCGCCCGUCGCCGCUGCCGGGCCGGCACUGCAGGGCGCUGCCGCCGCUGCCCCGGGCGGCGAUGCUGUGCUGCAUGCCCGGCGUGGCUUUCGUGCCCGCUUUGCUCGUCAGCUGGUCCUCGGCCGCCUUCAUCAUCUCCUAUGCCAUCGCCGUGCUGGCCGGGCACGUCGAGCCCUUCGUGCCCUACAUCAGCGACACUGGAACUAAACCUCCGGAGAGCGGAGUCUUUGGUUUUAUGAUUAAUAUUUCAGCACUUCUAGCUUCAAUUACAAUGUACAUCAGAUAUUUAUUAAUAGAGAAGCAAAAUGAAUCAUCACACUUUGUUAGGUCUUCAUGCAAUAUGUUUACAUUAUGUGUGGGAUUGAUGGGCUGCACUGGAAUGGGCAUAGUUGCAACUUUUCAGGAGCUGGCUGUUCCCAGUGUCCAUGACAUAGGAGCUUUGGUGGCCUUUGGCUCGGGUGUUGUAUACAUCACACUUCAGUCUAUAAUCUCCUACAAGUCCUGCCCACGAUGGAACACUUACUUUGUGUGUCACAUAAGGAUGGCCAUAUCUGUCAUAUCUGUCAUUGCUUUCAUUCCCAUGAUUGUGUUUGCUUCAAAAAUUUCCAUGACAAGAAUUGAUUGGACUCCAGGUGAAAAGGAUUAUACUUACCAUUUUAUAAGUGCAAUCUGUGAAUGGACAGUGGCCUUUGGUUUCAUCUUCUUCUUUUUAACAUUCAUUAGAGAUUUUCAGAGAUUUUCUUUAAGGAUAUCCACAGAAAUACAUGAAGAAUCCUGAUAGUGAAAGAACAAUAUUUUAUAUCUAUGAAUAUUCUAGGUUUCUUUUUACUCAGAAAAAGUGGCAGAGGCACAAGGAUUGAUAAGGUUGUAUUAAGAACCCAUGCCAUUAACUCUGCACCAGCAAGCACUAAAAGGUUUUAAAAACUCGGAACAAGGUUUCUCCUGCCUUUUUGUAAUAUUUUGUAAUUUUUAUAUUGUUUGAUAUAUUAAAAAUACUGUAAUAAAAGCAAUAUCUAGAAGCACCAGAAAAUCACUCAAGAACUUGAUCUCCUCAGCUCUUCCAUUUUGGACAUAUCUGUACUUUUUUAAUUUGCUGUAGUGUGAUCAGUAGCAUUAGUUUUAAACUUGAGAAAGUACAUUUUGCAAAGAGAAAAGUGUAAAGGCAAUGGAAAUCACUAGGACUGAAUUCCUACUCUGUUAGGUUGCAAGGGCUGGAGCAGAUGGUGAGAGCAAGAGUGGGAUCAUUGUUUGAAGAAAUUUGAAGUUAAUAGAUGUCAACACUAUGCUACAUAUUUCUGAUACUGGGCACUGUAAUGCAAAUGCAAAUGCAAAUCCUAAGAGAAAUUUAAACUAUAUUGCUUGAAAAAUGUUUUCUAAUCAUCACUGCAGUACAUGUUGUAAAAAUCCACCCCUUUUACCCUUUUAUGCACUGACGGCCACAGGAAACAAAAGACAGAAGUGGGAAUAGAAAGUAAAUUGACAUAUAAGCAUGAUGUAAUAAAGAUAAAUCUUAUUGCAACUUCAUUAAUAUAAAGCAGAAUUUUCCAGCCGGUGUUUUAAUCUACAAUGGAGUGAAGGUCUCAAAAAAAGUCUUGGGAAUGCAUGGAAAAUAAGAGGAGGCAGUAGUUUUCAGGUACUUAGAAAUAAAUGUAUGAGUAUUACAUACCUAAAACUGAAUUAAAAAACAAACCUGGAGAGCAUCUGUAAUGAAGAUAUUUGCUGCUAUAGAAUUAUUUCUGUAAUGAAAGAUUGGAAAGGAACUAAUUGAGAAGCCAGAAGCUACAAGUAUCUGCAGUCAAAAGGUUCUUUCAUGGACUGAUUCACCACCUCCAUUCAGUGCAUUAAUCAUUCAGUUGUGAAUUAUGUUCUCUGAAAAUUACAUUUUCCACACUAUCACAGUUUAUGCAGAAAUAUUGAUGAUUUUCAGUUGCUAAUAUCCACUAACUAAUGUGUGUUUGGAGAGUGAUGUCUUAAGAUUAGUCAUCUGUUAAUAUUUCUUUUAAUGUGUAUUUUAAACUGUAUUAAAUUCAGCUGUUUCACAACUUAAAGAGUUGAUGUUUUUGAUGUUUGUAAGUUCUUCCAGAUAAAAACAGAUAAAAGUGUUUAUUCUCCAUUUGCUUUCAAUAGUAUUCAGGUUAUCUUGAAGAUGUUUAUAGCUACAACCAAGUUAAAAAUCAAAUCUAGUACUGAUUAAGGAUGGAUCUUGUGUCUUACUGACUGGGUAUUCUGUAAGGGACACACAUUCCUUCAAGUGAAGAUCAUAAAGGAAAUGUGUAUCAACCACAAAAAGUGACAUCAUGUUACUUUCAAGGCUCUGUUAAGAAAAGAGCAUAUUUCCUAGUGCAUUGUGCAUUAAUUCUUUUAUUGCUUUUUAUUCUUAGCUUUCAUAAAUUAUAAGAAGCAAGAAGUUGUUAUUUUAAAUAAUAGCCAACCUUUACAGUGCUUACAGUAUCCUAAAGGGAAGAAAAAAAUUUCAGAGAAAGUGGCUGAAUCAAGAUCACGGUAGUCCCCAAAGUCAAGAGGUAAAUUCAAGUAUUGAAUUAAAUCCUUCACAUUUUCCUGAGCUUUACUGUGAUACAUUUUAAUAUGAGUUAGAUGAAUGACCAAAAGAAUGCACCAAUAGUGCACCUUUUAUUACAUCUGUUAGGCCUAAGACCUCAAUGUGCAUUGACAUGCAGAUAGAGGCAAUGGAUUAUUAUUUUUUUUAUUUGUGCAGUGAACAACUAUUGAAAAUAUUUUGAUUUUUCUCUGUCUCAAUCAGAUUUUCAGUCAACAGCUUAACUAUUUUUUUCAGUAGAAAUGUGAGUUGACAAGUUGCAAGCAAUUGCCAAAAUAAUAUUCUAGCAAGGUAUAAUCUAGCUGUGGCUGACUCUUGUUAAAUACUGCACUUUGAUUUUUUCAGGCAAGUGAUCUCUAGAGGUUAGCACAGAUAAUGUCACAUUUCUGUUGCUUUGCUACAGGUCCUUUUUUUCUAUAUUUUCAUAUUUCUUAGCAACAAUAAAUAGCUUUUUUUUUUGUUGUGGAAGAUAUGCUACAAAUAUUUUCAUCAUCUACUCUGCUUGAUGUUCUCUAGUUGUCAGCACAUCAGGAGUGAUUGAGAAAUUCCUUUUGCAUAAACUCCAGUAAAUCACAUGAUACUUGCUGUUAUUUUUAGUGGUUAUGCUAAAUCAUUCUACUGCUUCCAAAAGUGCAAAAGCUAAUUUUUCUAGGUUGCAUCUUGAUCUGCAGAUGAAACACCACUGUUGUGGUCUCUGUCACAGUUCCAGAUCAUGUAAGGAUGAAACUCUUAACAACUCAAAAUACCUAAAACUCCCUUUGUCUUAGGACACUGUUACUUGCUCUGCUUUGCCUUCCAGUGCACACUAAGCUAGUGAUGACCUCGUUACUGGCUUUUCUCUUAAGGCAAACUAAACUUUAAUUUCUGGUCUGCUCAGUUUGUGUACUGCCUUACCUCUAACAGCAACAUAUGUUUGACAGUAGUACAAUAAUCUUGACGUCAAGGUACUUAUUUCUUGCUCUUAAUACUGGUAGCAAGACUUCCAAGCAGAUUAGAGGGAUUAUGGCAACACAUCAGUGAAUUUUGGACAUUCCAGAGUGAAUUUUGUAAAGAGUUUCAAGAGCUUGGUAUUUCAAACUCCUCUGUAAAUACAGUCUUAGUCUCAAUAUUGACCACAUUUUCACAAGCCUUCAGGCUUUAGAGCAUCUGUUUGCAGACUGCAGAGGGUGGGGUUGGUUCCCUGUGAUUUACAAUGUACACUAGAAAUAUUGUCUCUGGAAGAGGCUGGAAGAGCUGUUCUCCUCCAAGAGACAGUGAGUGGCAGCAGGAUGCAUG